GGGCUCCUUAUCAGUUGUUUUAUAGAUCAGCGAGCGGCGCAUGCGCACUAGGUGCGCAGAAACCACUUCAAUGAACACAAAGAAAAAUAUAUUUUCGGAAAAAGAAGAAAAUAGUUCAUAUCCAAUGUGUAGAAUACUCUAUCAUCAUCAUUGUACCUCUAAUUAGAACAUUCCUGUAGGGAUUGGUAAGGUUUUUUCUUGAGAUAAGUCCUUGAAUGUAUUUUCACGUGAAAGAGCGUUUAUAAGGAGUUCAGUCUUAGAAACCUCUGGCACUUUUAGAAGCGAAAAUAAACGUAGAGGAAUUAUCUGUAGUGUCCCGACAAUUAUAGUAGCCAUUCAAAAAUGGCAGCAUACACAUUACCGGAGGGAUUCUCCGAUUUUGACAUGUUUGCAUUCGGUUCAGCUCUUCUUGUUGGGGGUCUUCUUGGAUUCUUCCUCAACGCCAUUUCAAUAUUGGCCUAUAUUAGCGUAAAGCAAAUGCGAACUCCCAGUAAUUUUCUUGUGUUUAACCUUGCUGUGGCUGACAUUAUGCUCAAUUUAAACGGCCUGAUCGCUGCUUACGCCAGUUUAUUUUAUAGACACUGGCCCUGGGGCCAAGACGGAUGUAGCAACCACGCCUUCAUGGGGAUGACAGCAGUUCUGGCCUCUAUCAGUUUCCUGGCUACCAUCGCCUGGGACAGAUAUCACCAAUAUGUGACCAAUCAGAAGCUGUUUUGGAGCACGGCCUGGACUAUUUCAAUCAUUAUCUGGGGGUUGGCCAUCAUCUGGGCGGCCGUCCCUCUGAUUGGUUGGGGAGUUUAUGACUUUGAGCCCAUGAGGACCUGCUGCACACUAGACUACACCAAAGGAGACAUGGACUACAUUACCUAUAUGGGGGCCCUGACGGUCUUCUACCUUAUCUUCCCUGCUUAUGUCAUGAAGUCCAACUACGACGCCAUUCACGCAUACUUCAAGAAGAUCCACAAGCACAGGUGGAACACCAGCAUACCACUGAGGGUUCUGUUGUUCUGCUGGGGACCCUACGAAAUCAUGUGCAUCUACGCCUGCUUUGGCAACGCCAGACUGGUCUCUCCAAAGCUGAGAAUGUUGCUUCCUGUUUUGGCGAAAACGAAUCCUAUUUUCAACGCGUGGCUCUAUUCCUUUGGGAAUGAGUUCUACAGAGGAGGGGUGUGGCAGUUCCUGACUGGCCAGAAGUUUACUGAGCCGGUCGUUGUGAAGUUAAAAGGAAGAUAAAGGAAGUUUUCCAUUCUGACAUUCUAAUUCUAUGGUUACACUACUGUACAGGCCAUGGAAUUAGAAUGUUCCAUUCUCACAUUCUAAUUCUAUGGUUACACUACUGUACAGGCCAUGGAAUUAGAAUGUUCCAUUCUCACAUUCUAAUUCUAUGGUUACACUACUGUACAGGCCAUGGAAUUAGAAUGUUCCAUUCUCACAUUCUAAUUCUAUGGUUACACUACUGUACAGGCCAUGGAAUUAGAAUGUUCCAUUCUCACAUUCUAAUUCUAUGGUUACACUACUGUACAGGCCAUGGAAUUAGAAUGUUCCAUUCUCACAUUCUAAUUCUAUGGUUACACUACUGUACAGGCCAUGGAAUUAGAAUGUUCCAUUCUCACAUUCUAAUUCUAUGGUUACACUACUGUACAGGCCAUGGAAUUAGAAUGUUCCAUUCUCACAUUCUAAUUCUAUGGUUACACUACUGUACAGGCCAUGGAAUUAGAAUGUUCCAUUCUCACAUUCUAAUUCUAUGGUUACACUACUGUACAGGCCAUGGAAUUAGAAUGUUCCAUUCUCACAUUCUAAUUCUAUGGUACAGGCUAUAUCCAAACAACAUCCUCAUCAUGCACUCUCAUUGCAGUAGGUUUCACAUUGGAAGAAUGGUAUUUGUACAAGGUGGUGAACUUAAUGUUAAUUGUUUAUUUAGCUGGCUUGGGAAACCAUGGGUCCAAUGUAGCUUGUCAAUAGCGGUAUGGUGGCUGACUCUCCAUUCAAAUAGACUUUGGGGAGAAGCACCUCAUGAUUGACUAGACAUAGGACACUCAAUGACCUACGUUGUAAUACAAAUACCACAGUGCUCUUAAUGCCAUGUUCAUGCUGAGUUAUUUGAAGGUAAUACGACCAGAGAUCAACUUAAAAGUAGACCAAACUUAAGGUUCAAGUCAUGUUAAUGUAAUGCCGUUUAAUUUUAUUUUAUUUUAUAGCCAAUAGCUUUACUUCUAGAAGUUUCCCUGAUGUAUCCCUCCAGCACUGUAAUAAACACACUCUCUUCAA